AUGGAAGCAAACAUGAACGUGUCCAGCCAAGAGCGCGACUCCAGCGGCCGCCUCGUUCGCCCCUUCAUGCAGACCGCGCUCAAGUAUCCGCGGUAUCAAGUUGAAGACCCUCGGACAGCGGCAGGGACCGCCUACACGGACGAGUGCAUGACCAAAGGCCAAGUGAAUGGCACUCUGGUCAUCGGUAUGGGUGGCUGGGACUCACACGCGCUGUCGUCAAUGGUGGCGGCCAUCAUCGCAGAAGAAGUGGUUGGAUACAAAGUAUCUCUCAGCUACGGCGGCCCUACAGCAGAGAUCACGAUGCGCAUGUCGUCAGCUAGAACUGGGGUCUGCACACCCACUCACCUGAACACGGAAGCGUGGACCUCCAGCACCAUGUCUAAGCUCCGAGUGUACUUUAACGAGAGCUAUCUGGUAGGAGGAGUUGGGUACUUCGGCCUCACUGGCGUCUACACCACGCACGACUUCAGCUGCUUGGCGAUCGCCAUGAUGAAGCCUGGAUACGACCGAGGCUACUUCCAGUCUGUAGUCUCCAACAUUGGAAUCCCCGCCUACUUCUGCUUCAUCGGAUACGACGGAGUCAACAAGUACGCGUCAGACGCAGCAGCCAGCAAAACGCCAGUGGUUUUUAUCCACUGGGAGCCUGACAUGUUCCACGUCACGCACGAGGGGCUGUUUGAUCGCAUAUUCCAACCACGCACCAACCCCGCAAGGGUUAAACUAUCAACAGGCGACUACGGGGAGAACGUCUACGACAAGGAGACCAACAAACCACUCGACUACAACGUUGCUAUGACCGACAACACCGAGCCAGCUCCGUACUUCCGCGCGGCCUGCAACUGGGUGAAAGCCAACUACGACAUCUGGAGCGAAUGGGUGGAUCGACUGCUUCUGUGUAAGUUUGAAGAGCACAUCGAGAGCCACGUCUCGGGCUGCGAGAACGACAGCAGCAACCACCGAAUAUGGGUAGGUUGGGUGGACGCGAAGCCCGAGUGCGACUCCACCUUCUACGACUACAACGUGUCGGAAUGCGACUCCAAUGCUCACCGCACCGUGACGUACUUCUGGCUGUUCCCGUACGCCAACCCAGAGUACUCAGCCGAGUGCUCGGGAGGAGACACCUUGCCGGAAGACGUUCAGAUCGACUGCGAGUACAUGCCCACCUCAUCACCGACGUUUAUUGCGCUGACGCAGCGCAACGCGCCGAUCAUCCGACGCUCGCAGUUUGAAAUGCUGCUCUUGAUGCUGUUCGGUGGCUUCUUCACCACGGGAGCGGCCAUAGCUUACGAUUUAUCUGUGGCAUUCGGCCUGUGCUCAUCUUCGCUGAGCGUCUACCGAGUGUUCAUGCGCUCGGCCAUGAAGCGCGUUAAGCUGACGCUGUUCCGCAUCCUCAAGAACCUCUCCAUCUUCUACGUUGGCGGCAUCAUCAUUUUCAUUAAUCGGAUUUACUUCAGUAUAACCAAUGCAGGACUGAGUAAGUAG